AUGUGUAAAAAAAGUUAAAUUAUUCAGGAUGCGAAAGAAAAUGAACUAUCAGCUAUAGCUGAAACGAUAAUGAAUAUUGGCACUUUAUUUGAUUCUAAUAUUGAAUAUAAGGAUUACUUAAAAAAGCUUAUUUAAUAUUUAGAUUAAGGUGUAAAAAAUAAAGUUUCGAUAAAUAAUAUGAUAUAUUUGUUAAAAAUAUUUGAAAAAAUACUCAAUAUAAGUGAAUAAUAGGAUAAAUUAGUUGAAAUGUAAAAUCUAUUUGAUUAAUUAGAAGCUACCAAAAUGUUUCUUAAUUUAAUUUCAAAUAUAAAAACUUACCCGUUUGAAGACAAUUUGUUGAUUGCUUUACUUAGCUUUAUGACUAAAUUAACAGAAGGAGGUAAUCCGAAAGUUUAGAAAACUGUUUAUAAUUAUUUUACUCAUUAUCCUAUAAGCGAGGUAUUGUUUAAUAAAUUUAAUAAUAUUUUGCUUGAAUAUAUCGAAGAUUUAAAAGAAAUUCAAAAAAAAGAUGAACAAAAUAGACUAAUAAAUCAAAAUAAUAGUAACUAUUUUAAUAUUAAUGCAUUUGAUUAAAGCUAAGCCAAUUCAUAUUAUAAUUUAAAUAAAUCUUCAAAUGCUAAUGGAACUUAAAUUUAAAAUCAAAAACUUGUAAUGUAGCUUUUAAAGUUAUUGUAAUUGUUUUGUGAAGGACAUAAUUUAGAUCUUUAAAAUUAUUUAAGGCAUUAAAUAAAUAAUAGAAAUUCUUAUGAUAUGAUUACAAUUAUAGUUGAACUUUUAGAUUAGUUUAGUUUAAAUUUGGUUUAAUAAAAUUAUAAAAACAUUAUUAAAUGCUUAGAUACUCUUACUGAAUUUGUUUAAGGUCCUUGUAAUGAAAAUUAGGAAAAAAUUAUUGAUUCAAAAUUUUUAGAAAUAGCUUAAAGAAUAUUAAAAGCAGAUACAAAAAAAAAUUAAUCAAAAUAGCAAAGUAAAAGCAUUGUUCCUUUAAGAAACUAACAAAGUUUAGCUUCAGAAGCUUAAAAUUAAAAUGAUUUAGCUUAAACUUCUUUUUUGAAAAGAAUAUAAAUAAAAAAAUCUGAAUAGAAAAGUGAUAAACUACAAAAAUGGUAAAUAGAAAAAUUAAAAUACAAAGUCAUGAUUUUAGUUACUAGUUUAUUAGAAUUAAAUUCUGAUAGUUUAGUAAUUAAAAGAAUUAUGAGAAGUUUACCUUUGAGUACUUUGAAAUAAAAUUUAGCUUAAAUUUACAAGAGAUAUAAGAAAAUUUAUAAAGAAUAGUAUAUAUCUGAAUGUUUAAUCAUGUACAUAUAUUAUAUUAUAAAAACAUAAUAUAUAUAUAUAAAUAUAUUUAGUUUAAUUAUGAUCCUCCUGAAGCAAAUUAAAAAUAAGAUAAAUAAAAAGAAUAUAAUCUUAUAACGGAAACUGGAUUCUACAUAAUUUUUUUUAAUAACCUAUUAUCUUGAGUUACCAACUAAAUAAUUAAGUAAAAACAAUAAAUAAUUAGAAUAGGACUUAGAUAUGGAAACAAAAUAAGAAUUGAAUGAUAUUUAAAAAAACUUUAACUAAAAAUAAGUAAAUUAUAUUUUAUAAAAAUAAAAAUUUAAAAAAUAAUUAUAGUCUAUGUUUAUUUUAUAAAAAACAAUUAUUGGAUAAUUAUGGAAAUUCAUAAAUGAUAUAUUAGCUGGUUUAUAUAAAUACUUUUCGUAUAUAAUGGUUAAAUUUAACAAAAAGUAAUACUAGAAAAAAUUAAAUGAUGACCAAAUAAAUAAAUAUUUCCAAGAAGCAAUUUAAUUUUUUAAAAUAAACUCAGCUUCUAUAGAAAUUGUUAGAAAUAAUUAAAUCGAAAAAGUUAGGUUUAUAAAGUUACCUUUUUGCCAUUUCUUACCAAAAGAAACAAAAGUAGAAUUUCGAAAUAAUGUUAAAAGAGAUUCUAUACAUACAAAAUAUUAGGUAAAUAAAUUAUUUUAUUAAAAUAUAAACUUAUACAUUAAAUAGGAAUUAUUGAUAAAUAUAAAAAUUUAUUAUUAUAUGUAAACAUGA